GGACUCCCUCUCUCCCUCUCCCUCUCUGCGCACGCUCUCUCUUCUUCCUCCCAUUCCUCCUUUUCCCCCUCCACCCCCUCCCCCUCCUUCUCCUUCUUCUCCGCCUCCGCUCCCACGGACACCUUCCACGUCACUUCUGUCCAUCACACUUCCGCUAGGCCGGUGGGGGAUCAGAUCCCCAUGGCGGUCGCUGGGGAGGACGUGCAAGAAACCGACCGGUCGCUGUCGAUGGGUAUGGAUUGGGCGCCAGACAGACCGGUUGCUCGCAUCAGUCCCUCGCCUCCUCCAACACCCAUCCCCCCCUUUUCCUUGUCCCCUUCCGGUCCUCGGGCUCCUUCGCCGUCUUUCUCACCCUCUGACAUGGCCGGCGAUCAUCAAUGCCACGUGGCAGCUGAUCACGUGAGCUCGUCGCCUCCCACUCCCACUCCAACGUCCCGUCCUUCUCCUUCUCGGUCUCGCGCUCCCUCGCCCACUUCGCCUACUUCGCCGGCUUCGCCGGCUUCGCCACGUGCUGACGUGGCAGCAGCAGGCGAUCAGUGCGACGUGGCGGCCGACUGCGCCGCCGGAUCUCCUCCAGCUAAACGCGCGAAGCGAGAUUUAGGUGGUGGCUCGUCGAUGAUGAUAUUGCUGCCAACGACAAUGCCGCCGCCUUCUCUCCUCGUCAAACACUCCCACGGCGACUCUCGCCCUCGUUCGCCGCCCAUUUGCACUCUCCCCCUCCUCCAGUCCUCCUCAUCGUCAUCGUUGGUUCCCCCAGCGUCUCAAGAGCAGCGCCGGUCACCCCAACAACAACAUGGUGUUGUUGAGGGCGUCGCCCAGCCGAACAACCUGGUGGGGAGGGGUUCGGUGGCCUCGCGAGAGUGCUCCUCCGCCUCCUCAUUGCAAGAGCAAUGGUCUCUAGCCCAACAACGACAUCGAGGGGCCCCGCUGCCUAAUAGUCGGCCAUCGCCGUCGAGAAGGCAGGAGCAGUGUGCACCGUCUCCGACAUGGAUUGGGCGACAGAUAGACCGGUCGCACGAUGAGCAUGGAGGAUAUGGAUUGGACGACCGACAGAUGGGUCGGACGCGUCUGUCCACCAACGCCCCCGCCUCCGCCGCCGCCACCGCCGCCUCCUCCUCCUUCGACACCUUGCCCACUUUGUCAUUAGGACUUGUGCACCCAUGUAUUGCCCCUCCUCCCACUAGCAGCAGCAGCAGCAGCAGUAACCUCCUCGUGCCGACAACUUGCAGGAAUACCCUCGGCACUACUCAGACUAAUUCCUCUCGUCUCCCUCUUCCUCCUCCUUCUCGAUCACUCGGUCCUUUGCCGACUUCAACACGUGUGCCACGUGGCGAUCUUCCAGGUAGCGACGACCGCCAUAGCUUGUCACCCACGGCGGCAGCAGCGGCGAUCACCAUAGCCAAUUCCAAUUCCAUCGCUUCUUGCUUAGGAUCUUCCUCCUCCUCUUCAUCGCUAUCGUUUGUUACGGGGGCUGAGUGGAGCAUGGGGUCGCCUUUAUACGAAGGGGAGAAGGGGGAGGAGGGAGAGAAGUGGUGUCGCAGAGAGCUCGCUCCCUUUGCUGGGAGGCUCAGUGGGAACAGAGGUGGUAGUGGUGGUGGCCUGCGCUCACCCGCGGAGAUGGUGCUGGCGGUAAAAAGCGACCCAACGGAAAUGCGCAGAGGUACAGCGAAGAACGAGGAGGAGGAAGGGGAGGAGGAGGGGGUUGCUUGGCAUGGGUUCCCGGCUGAAGUGGACCGAUCUGCUGCGAUCGGGGAGGAAGGAGUGGAGGGGGGAGGAGGGGGAGGAGCAGGAGGAAGAGGAGGAGGUGGAGGAAGAGGAGAUCGGAAGCUCGAGGAAGGCGACCGUGAAUACGCGGGAAGGGGAAGUGCGGGCGCGUGGCAGCUGAACAGCAACGGCGGGAACACCAAUCAAGAGAUCGGGAUCGGAGGUCAAGGAGGCCGAGGUGGUCGGAUGGAGGAGGAGGAUGAUUACGGUACGGGCAAUUGUAAUGGCUACAGCAAGCGGUCGAUGGGAGAGAGGAAGGGAGAGGUGGUUGGGAAGAAGAAAUGGCAGUUGUCGGAUAGCAAUAGAGGAGGAGGAGAGUGCAUGUUUGCGCUCGGCGGCUCUGGACCGCGAGAGGAGAGAGGAGAGGUCGGCUGUGUCUCUUCUCUCGCGCGCGGGAUUAUCGUCGUCGGAGCAGGAGGAUGUGACGAUAAAGCUAUGGCUGUGCAGGAUGUUGACCAUCGAGGAGGAGGUGGAGGAGGGGGGGGGGGAGAAAAAGACAGAGGUGAGUUUGCGGCUCCCCAUCGUACUGCUCCUCCCACCGGCGGAACUGAGGGAUAUACUUGUCAAAGAACAUUCUGGAGGAGCUAUGAUCAACGUUCAGCUCUGUCGGCAGUCCCAAGGGAAGGCGGAGGAGGAGGAGAAGGAGGAGGGGUGGUCGACGCUCUCGGGUAUGCGUUUGCUAAUGCUCGGAGCAGAGAUCAUGAAAGGCGGGGGGAGAGGGAGGAGGAGGAGCAGGACGAGGAUGAGAAAAAGGAGGAGGCUAGUGUAGCCAAUCGGGAUCGCAUCGCUUCGGUUGGGAUGGGCGGCAAGGGAGGCAGGGAGGGGGAGGUCAGGGGAAAUCCACACCAUCCUCCUCCUCCUCCUCCUCCUCCUCGUCACCGUUAUCAUCAGCAGCAGCAACAGCAGCAACAGCAGCAACAGCAGCAACAGCAGCAACAGCAACGAGAUCUGGAUCCCGAUGAGAGUCCCUUGCGCUGUACCUGUGGAAUAGGAGGUGGCCGCGGGGAAGACGACGGCAGCGACGAUGCCUAUUAUUCGUUGUCGUCUACGAAAAUGCCGCGAGCGCAGGCGGCACAAGCUUAUGUCCACCAUCCUCCUUCUCCUCCUCCUCCUCCUCCUCCUCCUCCGCUGGAAUUGGCUAUGGCGGGCGAGGGGGUUGAACGGGCGCCGGUGCCGGUGCCACUUCGCGGUAGACGUCUCGCGGUCACUUCGAUGCCGUUGUCGUCAUCGCCGGUGUCGAUUAGCUAUGGGACAGCACCACUUGAGGGUGGUGGAAGUUUCGCCGAAUCUUCGGUGGCGAUUGCCGGUGUUGGUUCUGGAUGUCGCGGUGAUUGUUGCCCCGUGGAUCUGUCGUCAGCUGCGCAGCUGCCACGUCAGCAGCAGAGAAUGCACGAAUCGCACGUCGCCCUGGUGGCUGACGUGUCAUCAUCGUUAUCGUUGUCGUCAUCUUCAUCAUCAGUAGCAGUAGUCGUAGCUGCCUCCAUCGCCGGGGAUCGGCGGUGUUGCCCGAUCCGGGAAGCGUCUUCUUCGUCGUUUCUUAGACAUUCCACUUCGCGCGAUGAUGAAGAGGAGAAGAGUUGUUGUCUGGAUGAAGAAGAAGAAAAGGUUAGAUGGAGGAGGGGAGAGGUGGUCGCUGGUGGUGAUGACCAGGCUUGCCGAGGUGGUAACGACCGGUCAGCGUGUGACUGCGGCGGCGAGGACGGAACGGAGGAGGACAGACGGAGCAAGGACCGGUCGUCGGUCGGGUGCAGCCAAGACACGAGCAGGGGGGGUCGUGGUGACCAGGAGAGGGAGGACAAGGGGAAAGAUAAGGCGAGGAGGGAGGAGAAAGAGAAGGAGAAGGAGGAGGAGGAGGAGGAGGAGGAGAGGGAGGAGGAAGAAGACGAGGUUUGUUUGGGAGUUCAACAGAAAUGUUCACAAGUUGGCACCUGUGUCGAUCGAGGCCUUCGCCCCGAGAUGGAGGACGCUAUGACGGUCAAACCGUCCUUGGUCACAGUCGACUGUAGAAGAGUCAAGAGAGAGAAAGAGAGAGGUAGGCGGUGGGGAAAGGAAGGCAAACCGUCGGGCAGCAGCAGCACCGGGCUUAGCGGGGACAAGGAGGGAAACAAAGUGCAGAGGGAAUUGGGAAUGGAGGAGGAGGAGGAGGAGGAGGCGGCGGCGGAGGAAGACCAAUGCAAAUUUCAUUUUUACGGGGUUUACGACGGCCAUGGUGGCAGCCAGGCUUCAUCUUACUGCGCGGAGCGACUCCACGAAGUGGUCUUAGAGGAAGUAAGGGCUCUUGAAGGUCAAGCUGUGAAGCAUGAUUGCUGUACGAUGCCGUGGGACCAAGUGCUGCUGCGGGCUUUUCAUCGGACGGAUGAGGAGAUUGGGGGGUUAUGUAGGGAGGACGAGGAGGGGUGCGCACUAAAGGGGGGAAAGGGAGAGAGGAGGGAUGGAAAAGGGGAGGAGGAGUGGUGGAAAGGGUUGGGGGUGAAGGGACGGGGUGAAGAUGGUGAUGGUGACGGCGAUGAUGACGAGGAGGAUGGGGAAGGAUGUGCGGAUGCCUGGGAGUUGGGAAGGAAGGAGGAGGAGAUGAUUAAUGAUGGGCUUGCGGAGGAGGGGGGGAGGAAGGAGGAAAAGUGUAGUAGAGGGACAGAAGGCGGGGAGAGCGAAGGUGGCGGUGGGUGUUCGGAAGGAAGCGGAGAGGAGGCGGGAGGUGGUGCUGGAGAUGGGAGAAAGGAGGAGGAGAGGGGCAAACGGAAGGAAGGGUCCUUUGCCUCCACGGUGGGGACCACAGCCGUCGUCGCCUUGAUCGGUGGCGGGAAGAUCAUCGUAGCGAAUUGCGGCGACUCUAGAGCGGUGCUGGGUAGGGGUGGAAAAGCAAUCCCCCUUUCGGAUGACCAUAAGCCAGAGCGCCCAGAUGAGUUGGAACGGGUCAGAAGUGCCGGAGGGAGAGUUCUCGACUGGGAUGUACCUCGAGUGGAGGGCGUGCUCGCCAUGUCAAGGGCAAUUGACAACGAGGACGGACAGGAAAACAUCAAACCAGUCCGUCCCGUGGUGCCAGUCCGGUUCAGGAGCAGAUUUAAUGAAUGGCAGGUUGCGACGAAGGAGUCCUUCGCCAUGCCUACCAGCAGCGAUGAUCGUGCCCUGGCCAGAUGCAUCAAGGACCUCAUAUCCACAGACGACCCCUUGGGAGUCUACGAGGUCCCCCAAUGCGAGGCAGCUACGAUCAGCGACACCAUCGCCGCGGAUGCGAACCGCAGAGCUUUCGAUCCCAUUAUCGUCAAACUAGACGAGAAAGCAAAACUCCAGGAAGGCCUCACCUGGAGAGCGUGGAACACCAACAUGACACUCCCCUACAGCGUGCUUGCAAACAGAUCAUGCCCGACAAGAAUGAUGGCGGACUCACUGGCUGCRACUCACCUCCUCACCUCGAAGAACUCCUUGCRAGACGAGGYGAYCCCGAUGCAKGUCGAAYUGAUGGACAGCGACAGCGGAGAGGACAGGGACGAUGGAAUGUUGGACAGCGAUAAGAUCUCCCCAGGUGACGAUGGCCGGGAUGGCCCACCCCCGUCCAAGGACAGCGUGAGUGUUGAUGGAGUUUGGGAUACUCUGCCCAAUGACGUGGCAGGGGAUGUUGUUCGCCGAUGCCUUGCUGCGCGUUCCAGACCGGGGCCGGAAAACUUUUCUGACAGUGACGACGACGACGAGGAGGAAGAGGAUGAAUACAAUGGUGCAGAGACUGCUGCAAUAGUCCUUGUGAGACUUGCCAAAGUCGCCGGCAGUGCUGAUAAUAUUAGUGCAAUUGUCGUGAACCUUCACGAAUACGCUCGGCAAAUGCAGCCGUGAGGGAAUGAAGGAUAAGUCCCUUCUUGGAGACGUGCAAUCAAACUACCUCCUAGGCUCUUACCAUCCUCCGCCGAAUAGAYUGUACGGUCGUUAUAGCUCUAUGUAGACCUAAGGUGGUGCAAAUUCAGCUGUACCGACCGUACAUUCUAUUCGGGUGAAGGCGGUAGUCGCGCGUGUGCUGCGUACCGGAGGGAGAGAAUUGCCGGAGGUGGAAGCCGCCGAACGCACAAAACAUAGGCGGCCUUUACUUGUUGCCUAUAUGAUCGCUGAGCAGCGGCGCAUGUCAUACGUUUUAUACCCCCUGUCACCCUGUACCAUUUAUUAUGGAAUCUAAUGGGGAAUUGCAGGUGCAAACAUGCGUGUGGCCAAUUGGAAACUGGGAGAAGAUGCGGGGCAAGCACACACCUGAAGGCUGUUAUGUCUGUGGUAUGUGGAUCUCAGAACUGAGCUGCGUAUGCCAUGCAAAGCACCAUGAGACCCUUACAUGUAUGCCAUCAUCGUCUUCAUCGUCAUUUUCAUCUUCGGCAUCGUCUGGAUCAGGUUUUCAACAUUCUUGCCAUUCUUGGGGUUGCGGAUACAGAGUAGGGUUAUCUCCAAAGGAAGAUUGGGGGAGACGGGAUCACAGAAGCAAGAGGUCGGCUGACCUGCACGGGGAUUUGUCAUACACCAAGUGUCUCUCUGCAAGUCGAUUUGUCGAUGAAAAAUGUUGACGAGAAAGCCGCAGGAGACGAUGACAUCACCCGCCACAUCUGGUGCAUUGUGUCCCUCCACUCACUGCAAGCCUCUUUUGUGGCCUCCCUACGGCAAUGAUGUUGAUCGUCGCCUUCUAAAGUCAUGUCGUUCAUGACUGUUAUGGUAAACCACUACUGCAUUAGUCGACUUCACAUCGCUCCCUUUUGCUCUCUCCUCCCCCCCCCCCCCCCCCCACACACACACACACAUCACAAGUGCUCUCGUCCUUCCACGUCCCUAGAAAAUUAUUUGUUGGGUCUUCUAAUAAUGGAGCCAAGCCCUGAGGAGUUCACAGUGAUUUAGAUUUCUUUAGCGCAUAAGAAAUCAGUUUGGUGUCGGCCUCCUCUUUCCAGGAGCACUCGAAGACGAAACUGCCAGAUUUCGGACAUUCUGAUUCCAUCCUCUUGGCGGACAUGCUUAGGUCGAUGUGAUAUUGUGUGAUCCCAUGCGAUGCGAUCGGCACUACGUCAUGAGAUGGCAUCCAAGCAAUAGCCAAUUUGGCAGUUUGGCAAUUCAACCAUUUCAGAUUUUAGAUUACCCCUUUCAGAAAGUUGAUGUUAUGUCAUAUUACUGUGAGUCCAUGGGACUCGGUCAAUUGAGCUUUGAGGCAACAUUGAGCUUCUGCUGGUUGCAGUUGGGAAAAGCUGUGUCCUUUUCUCAACCCCAACCUUAAUCUUUCGAUAUAUUUGUUAUUCUAGUUUCCGCCGAAAGCGCUACUAUUGUACACAAGAUGAGUUUCACAUGUGUUACCGACUUGACUCGACCCGACUCGACUCGACUCGACUCGACUCGACUCGACUCGACUCCAUUAGUGCACAAUUUGACAGUCAGGGUAUUGUGCGGGAUCCUCCACGCUUGGCAGUAGGACUGUCGACGAUAUGCGGUCCGGCCAGUUGUUGGUUUCCCUUGAUAUCUGCUCACAGCAGUGUUGCUCGGUUUACGUUGAAUAUUAUACGAUGUCUCUUUGGUGCGCUCCUGCUCUGAUGUCGAUCAGGGCGUACUCACACUAGGAGCUCCAGCUGCAAUCGCCGUUGUAAUUGCCGCGAGGUACGCCCAGGAAAGCGCUAAUGUGAGUAUGCUCUCACUCUCUUUAUUUGCUUUCGUUACCCCAUCUACCGCCGACAAUUUCCGAGAAGUUGUCCACUUUCUUUUUUUUUUACUGCAAUUACCGAGAAGUUAUCCACUUUUUUUUUUUUUUUGCUUUCUUCUCUUGUAAAAGGGUGACGCCCUUGAGAUAC